AUGUGUCUGUCCUCGAAACUGAUCGGUACCAUUUGUAUCUUAACUAUCGUGAAUAUAUCAAAAGGAUAUAUUCGAGAAUGCAGAUACUUACAAGCCAACGAUACAUUUACAUAUGAAGAUCUUGAAAUUCCCGCUAACCUAACUGGGGAUUAUAGUUUUCUGAAAAUAGUGGAUGGAUCCAAAGAGUCGGUUAACGAACACCUAAGAGCCUGUGUCUGCAAAGUGAGACCCUGCAUACGGAUGUGCUGUCCCCGCAAGAAUAUUCUGGCCAACGGGGAGUGUAAUGAUGGCCUGAAGAAGGAGAUUUCCCUAACCAUGUUGAAUCUUACAAUGGAAGAUAUAAUAACAAAUGAUCCGACUAUUGCGGAGCUUAGGAUGGCGCCGCAAUACAAUUCUACCAAGCUACUCGUUUUAAGGGACCAAUUUCAGCCCUGCGACGAGAUUUUUAACCUGAAAGCAGAUGAGUACACCAUGUUGAAGGAUGGGUCCUUACUUCUCCACUCCACUAACGAGAUCUUGCAGAAUGAACAAUACUGCCUUUAUCCUGAAGUUUAUUCGGACUUUCCGAAGAUCUUAUGGAUUGUUAAUAGAAAGUGUAUAAGGAAUUUGAUGCCAGCGACCCUGGAACUUACGUUAAUAUCUCUAGCAUGUUUUAUCCUGACUAUGGCUGUGUAUCUUUUUGUUGAGAAACUCCGUAACUUACUCGGUAAAUGCCUUAUAUGCUGCCUAUUCGGCAUGUUUAUGGAGUACUUUAUCUGGACUUUGGACCAAUUUAAUUUAUUAUAUGGCAUUUGCACUCCAGCAGGCUACAGUAAAUACUAUUUCUCGAUGGCUUCCUAUCUCUGGUUCUCGGUCAUUAGCUAUCAUUUGAAAAAACUUUUCACUUCCCUGAAUCGCUAUGAAGCACGUUAUCUGUUCUUAAAGUACAGCGCAUUUGUUUGGGGCACGGCUGCUAUUCCCACAGGAGUAAUUUAUUUAAUGAAUGAAAUUUGGGGAGAGGAUCCCGAAAAAAGGAACUGGAUGCCUUUGGUGGGUUUUAUUGGAUGCUCUGUGCAAGAUUGGGGCUGGUCUUCCUGGAUUUACUUUCAUGGCCCUAUUCUGAUCCUAACCACUUUUAAUGCUACCAUGUUCGUUCUAACGGCUGUGUAUAUUUGGAAAGUAAAGAGGGAAGUCAAUAGGUUUUCCCAACAGACAUUGAUAUCUUUUUCGUGUUUUAGUUACCUACAGUUUCUGCGGCUGUUUGUCAUAAUGGGCGUAUCUUGGAUCCUGGACCGAAUUUCACGUUUGGCGGAGGACUUUCAUUUCUUUCUGGGCACAAUUUUCUUAAAUAUUACCAUUUACUUGAACGCCACCUUUGGUAUUAUCAUAUUUGGGCUGCUUAUCCUUAAGGGCAGUACAAUAAAGCUGUUAAUGGAUAGGUAA